AUGCAAAUCCUCUCGACCUUGGGCCUCACGGCCCUGGCGGCGCCGCUCGUGUCUGCCGCGUUUGAGGGCAACCUCAACUACGACAGCCCGUCUCGCCGCCAUGAGAACAUGGGCAUUGACGUGCCCCUGGUCACCCGCCGGACCAUGAAGCGCGGUUCGGUCCCUUACAAGGCUGAGGAGUUGAACUUUACCCACGGCAUCGCUUCCGGUGAUCCCUAUGCGGAUAGCAUCAUUCUCUGGACCCGUGUGGCGCCGUCCCUGAAGUCUGACGGCAGUAACGUGACCGUCGAGGGCACUGUUGACCUUUACAACCACGAGACUGAGAAGUACAUCAAGGCUGACCCCAACCCGAUCUGUGUUGACUGGGCGGUCUGGGAGCCAACGGCCAAGGGCAAGGGUAAAGGCAAGGGGAAGAGCCAGGCACAAGCGGUUGUCUCGUCCGGCAAGGCUUACACGACGAGCGACAUUGACUACACGGUCAAGGUUGAGGCUACCGGUCUGAAGCCAUUCACCGUGUACAACUACCAGUUCACCAUCUGCGGCUCUGAGAAGGCUAGCCCUGUGGGGAGGACGAAGACCGCGCCCGCCGAGAAGGAUGAGGUCGAGCAGCUCAAGCUGGCUGUCUUCUCUUGCAGCAACUACCCCAGCGGCUACUUCAACGCUUACGGCAAUGCCGCGCGCAAGGACCAGCACGACUUUGUCGUCCACCUUGGUGACUACAUCUACGAGAGUGCUACCAAGGGCGAGCGUGCCCACGACCCGUCCCACAUCAUCUUCACCCUGCUGGACUACCGGACCCGUCACGGCCAGUACCGCACCGACCCCAACCUGCAGCUGUUGGCCCAAGACUUUGCGUGGAUCCCGACUUGGGAUGACCACGAGCUUGCCAACAACGGUUACAGGGACGGCUUCAGUGGCCUUAACAACACUGAGGAGUCUUUCCGCACGAAUGGCCACCUCAUCAGCGUCGACCAGCGCAAGAUGAACGCUGUGCGCGCCUACUUUGAGUGGAUGCCUAUUCGCCAAGUCGAUCUCGAUGACAACCUCCGUAUCUGGCGUUCGUUCAAGCUCGGCAACUUGCUCGACUUGAUCAUCCUCGACACCCGUAACUACGACCGCAGCAUCACCAGCCUGGGCUGGAACGACCACUACAUCGACCUGAUCCGCGACGAGGCCUCCCGCUCGCUCAUGGGCUCCCGCCAGGAGCACUGGUUCUACAACGAGCUGUCGCGCUCCUCGGACCGUGGCGCCAAGUGGCGUGUCAUCGGUAGCCAGAUCGUCUUCUCGCAGGUCGGCAACAGUGGCGACAACUGGCAGGGCUACCUCGCCAACCGCAACCGCACUCUCAAGCACCUGUACGACAACAGCAUCGGCAACAACGUCUUCCUCGCUGGCGACAGCCACCAGAACUGGGUUGCUGAUGUCACCUGGCUCGGUCAGGCUGACUACAACUCCGAGACCGGCGAGGGCUCUGUUGGUGUUGAGUUUGCCGGCACUGCUGUCACGUCGAGCGGCCAAAAGGGCCCCAUUCUCUCCGCCCGCGCGGCCGCCCAGAAGCUAGUCGAGGCCAACGAGGAGCUGCAGUGGCAGGAGGGCUACUACCGCGGUUACUACAUCCUGGACGUCAAACCCGACGGCCUGACUGCCCAGUACUUUGGCUCGCCCAGCGUCGCCACCCAGAACGCGUGGGAUCUUCCGCUGGCCAACUUCACCGUCGCUGCAGGCAAGAACCACCUGAACCGCCCCGUUGCUGGCGGCAAUGUCGAGGCUGGUUUUGUGCGCGGUGGCAAGACCACCGGCACCAACGUCACCCUCGACACCGAGACGGGCAAGUGGGACGUCGUUGGGUUUGAGAAGAUGUACAUUUAA